AUGAUCAAACUUUGUUUUAUACUUGUAUUCAUCGUUUUUGCAUUUUCUUAUGGGAAACCAUUGUCAGGAAAAACACACAAACCACUAAAGGCAUCAGCAAGUAAGGCACCAGGUAUUAAAUCAAAUGUAGAUGCAUUAAAAUUUCUCAAUAAAUUUGGUUAUAAUGAAUGUGGUGGUUCUGUAAGUGCACAGUCAAAAGAUACAGGUCCAUUGUGUCAGUCAAGUUUUCAAACAAUGCUUGAGCAUUUUCAAACUGUUUUCCAUUUACCAGUCACUGGUAAACUUGAUGAUAAAACUAUAAAUUUAAUGAAUAGACCUCGCUGUAGUUUGGGUGAUUAUCCGAUGGGUUAUUCUGCUUUUCGACCUUGGCCUAAUACAACAUUGAAAUGGAAAUUAAAUAAUCAAAUACCAAAAUUUGGAAUAGAAAAAACUCGGAUACAUCUCCAAGAAGCGUUCGAUGACUGGGCUCGUUAUGCUCCAUUAAAAUUUCGUGAAGCUGUUGGUGAUGAACAAGCUGAAUUUAGUAUUAGCUUCAACGAAGGUAACCACGAUGAUGGUUAUCCAUUUGAUGGUGCAGGUGGUACACUAGCUCAUGCUUUUUUUCCAAAGGAUGGAAAAGUACAUUUUGAUUCAGCAGAAGAAUGGACAGAUAAAUAUGAUGGAUUUGGAUAUAAUUUUCGUUUGGUUGCAUCCCAUGAAAUCGGUCAUGCACUUGGCUUAGCACAUUCCUAUGAUCAAACAGCAUUAAUGUAUCCAUUUUAUCAAUUAAUGCAACCAAAAGAUUUACUUCCAAAAGAUGAUCGAGAUGGUAUUCGUGCAUUGUAUGGUAACAAUGAAAACAAUCAACCAACAACAUUUGCUUCUACUACAGCUAAACCACUGGCCACAACAACAACAACAAAAAAAAAGAAGACGCCUGCAAAGGGUGGUAAGACUACGAAAACUACAACUAGAAAAUCACAAACUACACAACCACGAGUGUUAGCACAUGAUCGAUGUGCACGUUAUAUGGAUGUUGUAUUUGGCGGUGGUCCAGACAAAUGGUUAUAUACACUUGAUUACGAUCUUGUUUGGCGUUUUCAUCCGGAUUUUGGUCAUUGGGAUACAAUUGGAAUCCCCAUCACUGAUGUAUUUCAUGGUGCUGAACCUCAUAUGAUGGCAGGUAUUUUAUCGCCAGCAACGAAAAAAAUUUAUCUAUUCAAAGGCUAUCGUGUAUGGCGAUUUUCUUCUCCAAAUUCUCUUGAUCGUGGUUUUCCUCAACGAUUGUUCGGCGCCGGUACACCAUAUAAUCCAAUAGCUGCUCUGUAUGAAGAAGGUCACAUUUGGCUCUUAAAAGGGGGUCUACUUUUUAAAUUCCACGAAGACACACUUCUCUAUGAAUUUGACCGACCACCAAGACGUAUAGAUGAACAAUUUCCUGGUGUUCCUAAAAAUGUUCGAGCAGCAUUUACUUAUGAGGAAAAACAUUAUUUUUUUACUGAGCCUGAUCGAAAUGUAUAUGUUUUCGAUACCAAAACGAGAAGUAUCGAAUCCGGCUAUCCGAAACCGAUGACAACAGGAUGGUUUGCGUGUCAAGAUAAAUCAAAGUAG